AUGUUUUCUUUCUUUCAUUCUUCUUCUCCUUCCCAUCCUAUCAACAAGGCCUUGGCAAAGAUCAAGACCCACUCUAGUCCACCUCCCUCGCACGGUGUUCCAAGAGGGACAACCCAGAUUGCCCACAUCGAUCAAGUCAACCCAAGCCUUGCCAUCCCAAUACGCCUCAGGAACCCCGGCCACGUCUCAUCAGCCAAAACCCAUCAUCGUCAGCAACUCGAACGCUUGGUUGAGACCGAGGAGCUUUUGGCGGCUGAGGAAGAUAACUGGCACAUCCAGCAGCAGAUUAUGCUCCGCCAGGCUACCUUGGAACGUGAACAGAUCGAGCUUGACAAUCACCUUGAGGACGAGUGCAAGGUGAGGGAGGAACAACCAAAUGGGCUCAGAGCUACUCAAGUUCUCAAUGAACCUCACCAGCUUCGACCCUGCCCCCCAUCUACGGUCCCAUCGGUCUCAGGCGCUCUGCUCUACCUUCGUUUGCCGGACCCCCACCGAUCGUCCCCAGAGCAAUGGGCUUUCAUCCUCCUUUGUUUGCUGGCAAGAGCAGUCACACCGAUUACCCCCUUUCGUCCGCUCGUCACAGUCUGCCGUCCCCAAUGGACUCGACCUACUUCUGCUCCCAAGCCGAAGCCGGUAAUUGCGGCGGGCGAGCGGAGCGGUCUGCUCUUGCCCGAGGUAGGUCCGCCCUCGCCGAUCUCGCCUCUCUCGACCCCACAGUUUAGCGGCCAUCCAGAGGAGCGGUCUUUUCAACCGCAUUUCGAGCCCAGCUAUCCAGUCCAACACGGCUCGAUCUUCAAUCAAGCACCGACGCCUGAAUUCCAUUGGCACCCCUUGCAGGACCCCCGUGGAUCUGGCGUGCUCAACCGUGGAAAGCCCUUUGCCCUUGCUCCUACCAAGGCCAUGAACAACGAGCUCCGCUUCCAUCCGGCUCCCGUUGCCCCCCUUGACUCUCAUCGCGAGUUCAUUGGCUCAUUGGCAUUUGCCUCCGAGUUUACUUCCUCUUAUCACCACCAUGAAAGCUAUUUCCCUCGGACUUGUAGCUCUACUUACAGCUCCCAAUGA